ACAGUACUCUUACCUUCAUCAUGUCAUUAACUAUUUUCUUUCUCCUCCUUUUUUCCUUUCCUUCCUUCCAUGCUCUUUCUAAUUCAACCUUUUCUCCACAAGAUCACCAGACCACAAUACGAGACAUGAUUCAACAAGUUUGUGUGGACAUGGCUGACCCCGAAACCUGCUUUUCCAACUUCCGGGCCGAAUAUGAACUAAUGGACAGGCAUAGUCCAGCUGCAGUCCUCGGCGCCGCGAUCAAGGCGUCGAUGAACGAAGCGCAGAAAGCCAUGGAAGUAGUUAACAAGUUCACGGUUUUGUCGAUGAAUCCUCGUGAACAAAUGGCAGUUGAAGACUGUAAGGAACUCCUCGACUUCUCGGUGUCCGAAUUGCAGUGGUCCUUGGCGCAGAUGGACAAGACCCGAUCUUCUAAGGUGAAAGAUGUUCAUUCUGAAUCAAACCUCCAUGCGUGGUUGAGUGCAGCUCUGAGUAACCAAGACACAUGUAUCGAAGGCUUCGAGGGCACCAACGGUCGCAUACUCAACUACAUUAAGGGGAGUAUAAACCAAGUCACUCAACUCAUUUACAAUGUACUGACCAUGUACCAUAAGAUGCAUAGUCUUCCCUUGAAACCGCCGUUUUAUGAUCCACAAGUCACCGGAAGCUUGGAUUUUCCGACGUGGAUGGCGGACGUCGACCCAGACGGUGAUUUUCUAGCGGCGGGUCCACAGGGCAUAAAAGUGAACGCCAUUGUAGCGCAGGACGGGAGCGGGCAGUUCAGGUCGAUCAUGGAGGCUGUGAAUGAAGCUCCUGAUUACAGCUGGAGGAGGUACGUUAUCUACGUGAAGAAGGGAAUCUAUAAAGAGAACGUAGAGGUGAAGAAGAAAAAGACCAAUAUCAUGUUCGUAGGUGAUGGGAUCGGUGUCACAGUGGUUACCGGUAACCGAAAUUUCGGACAAGGCUGGACUACGUUCCGAACCCCUACCGUUGCGGUAACGGGACGAGGGUUCAUAGCGAAAUAUAUGACAUUUCGUAACACGGCAGGACCCGAAAACCAUCAAGCCGUGGCGCUCCGGGUUGAUUCGGAUCGGUCGGCGUUCUAUGAAUGCAGCAUUGAAGGAUACCAAGACACCCUGUAUUCCCACUCGCUCCGGCAAUUCUACCGGAAUUGCGACAUCUACGGUACCAUAGACUUCAUAUUCGGCAACGGACAAGCCGUGUUUCAGAACUGUAAUAUCUACACGAGACAGCCAUUACCACUGCAGAAGGUGACGAUCACAGCCCAAGGCAGGAAAAGCCCGACCCAGAGCACGGGAUUCUCCAUACAAGACUGCAGGGUACUGGCAACCCGACCCACCUACUUGGGGAGGCCAUGGAAGGAAUAUUCAAGGACUGUGUUCAUGAAGACAUACAUGACAAGUAUGGUCCGGCCGGAAGGUUGGCUGGAAUGGGCGGGCAACUUUGCGCUGAGCACGUUGUAUUACGGGGAAUACAAAAGUGAAGGACCGGGGGGAUCACCAACCCGACGGGUCAAGUGGCCCGGUUUUCAUAUCAUAAAUGAUGCAUCGACCGUGUUUUAUUUUUCGGUAGAUUACUUCAUCGAUGGUCUGAGGUGGUUGCCCCGGACCGGUAUCUCAUAUACCCCCUACCAGCAAAUACUGUAAACUGUAAACAGUAACAGCCUGGGUUUGAUUAAUCAUGUUCAUUUAUGUUAAACAAUUUGAGAUUAAUUGGACCAAUGGUGCAUUGGGUUAAGGUAGGCAUUAAAUUUAUUAUUUAAAAAUGUUAUUAUUGUAAUGAAUCCAUAAUAGUUGAGUAUGAUGGUAAAUGUUGAUUCAAAUUGGACUAAUGGAUUAGCU